GCGGCGCGGGCCGGCAGACGCGCCGCGAUGGAGGGCCGCGACAGCCGCUCGCAGGACGCGGCGCGCCCCCCGGCGCCGCGGCAUGAGUAGCGCGCCAGCCCGGCCCGGCCCGCGCGCCCGCCAUGGCGCAGGCCGCGCCCCGCACACACUCCUUCGCCAAGAAGACCUUCCACAAGCCGACCUACUGCCACCACUGCUCCGAUCUGCUGUGGGGUCUCAUCGGGCAGGGCUACGGCUGCGAAGUGUGCAACUUCAUAGUGCACGAGCGGUGCGUGGGGCAGGUGGUGACGCCAUGCUGCGGCGUCGCGCCGAGCCUCAUCAAGAAUCCGGUGGCGCACUGCUGGUCGGAGCCCACGCACCACAAGCGCAAGUUCUGCACGGUGUGUCGGAAGCGCCUCGAUGAGCUUCCCUCACUGCAUUGCAUGAUAUGCGAGUACUUCGUGCACGGCGAGUGCGUGGACUUCGCGGCGGCGGAUUGCAAGGAGAAUGCCACGUACUCGGCGGGCAGCGAGCCCCGCCACGUGCACCACUGGCGCGAGGGCAACCUGCCCGCCAACUCCAAGUGCGCGGCGUGCCGGCGCGCCUGCUGGUCCGCCGAGUGCCUCACCGGCUACCGCUGCGAGUGGUGCGGGAGCACGUGCCACGCGGGAUGCCGCGGGCUGUUGCCGGAAGAAUGCAACUUCGGCAUGCUUCAGCCCAUCUUCCUGCCUCCGUCGGCGGUGUCGAUCCCCCGGACGGAGGUGCCCAUGGAGGCAAUCAUAGGGGUCCAGGUUCGACCCCCGCCUUCCCAGCGGGACUUCGGAUGCCCUGGCGAGCGCGGGGCGCGGCGCGCGCGGCGGCUGGCGUGGCUGGCGCGGCGGCUGCUGCCGGCGUCCUGCGCGCCGCACCGGGGCGCCUCGCCGCCCUACUCGCGAGCGAGGAGCGUGUCGGAGGAGUUCAGCUCGGGCUGCGAGGCGCGGUCGGGCUCCGCUGGCGGCUCCACGGGCGCCCCGGCCGACCAGGACCACCGCCCCGACCACAGCAAGCAGCACCGGGACCGCACGCCUGAUGAUAGAGAUGAAGAAGUGAUCAAGGUGUACGACGGCGAGGUGGCGUGGCUACGGCGCAUCUACCGCGGCGUCGUGGUGGGCCGCAACUGGGGCGAGCGCGAGCUGGUGUCCGCGGCCCUCAGGGCGUUCCACGUGGCGCGGGACCCGGAGCAGUUUGAGCUGACGGACGCUCUGGCCGGCGACGAGCCCGUGCUGCGGGACCCCUGCCCGCUGGCGCAUGUUACUAGGAUACCCAAUAAACGGCCGGCGCUGUUCUUGCGGUUUAAGGAGCCGGAGUCAGGCGGCGGCGAGGUGCGCGUGUACCCGGGUCGCAUAGCUGGCGCGACCCAGGACACGUACGUGACGGUGGCCUGCAACGGAGACCACACGGUGGCGGACCUCAUGGCGUCCGCCUUGGAGCGGUUCGGCCUCGACCCCGGCACGGCCGUGGACGACUACCGCUGCUCGGAGAUACUGCUGGAUCGGGGAGUGUCAGAACGGGUGCUCAGCGAAGACGAGCGUCCGUGGCGCAUCGUGGUCCGGCUGGCCAAGGAGUCGGUGCGGCGGAUGGAGCUGGCGCGGUUCUACCUCCAGCCCAAGCGCGACCCGCACGGGCCCACGCUCGCCCUGUUUGUCGCUUCGCUGCCCCCGGGACUGUCGGAGAGGAACUACGAGAACAUACUCGUCGAGUUUUUGGGAGCUGACCUGAAGUUCAACUCGAUCGGCCCCAUCUACUACGAGUACGGCUCGAUGGUGAUCACGUACGAGGACGCGAGCAAGGCGGUGCGCGCGCUGCUGCUGCUGCGGGAGGCCCGAUAUGAAGAUAAACAUUUAUUAGUGAUGCUUUUGCCGAGCAUCGAACCUUCUCAAGUGCCCGCGAACGUCAAGCCGUUGCUUGUGUUCGUGAACGUCAAGUCUGGAGGAUGUCAGGGGCUCGAGCUGAUAUCCUCCUUCCGGAAACUCCUUAACCCUUACCAGGUGUUUGACCUGGAGAACGGAGGUCCAUUGCCUGGACUGUACGUGUUUCGCCACAUUCCUAACUACAAGAUCCUGGUCUGCGGUGGCGACGGCACCAUCGGCUGGGUGCUGCAGUGCCUCGACAACGUCGGCCAGGACUCGCAGUGCUCCAACCCGCCCUGCGCCAUCGUACCACUCGGGACAGGUAACGACCUGGCGCGGGUGCUCCGCUGGGGCUCCGGCUACACGGGCUGCGAGGACCCGCUGUCUUUGCUCCGUGACGUCAUCGACGCAGAGGAGAUCCGCCUGGACCGCUGGACGGUCGUCUUCCACCCCGAGGACAAGCAGGACGAGCCCAAGGAGCUGUCCAAGCAGCUGCCCGUUGGUUUGUUCACAGCGUCCGUGCAGGCCGGGUCGCAGAGCGAGGACAACUCGCAGAUCCUCGUCAUGAACAAUUACUUCGGGAUCGGGAUAGACGCGGACCUCUGCCUCGACUUCCAUAACGCUAGAGAGGAAAACCCUAAUAAGUUUAAUAGCAGAUUACGUAAUAAGGGUGUGUACGUAAAGAUGGGUCUCCGCAAGAUGGUGGGCCGCAAGAUGUGCAAGGACCUGCACAAGGCGGUGCGGCUCGAGGUGGACGGCAAGCAUGUGGAGCUACCCGCAGUGGAGGGAAUCAUUAUUUUAAAUAUACUCAGUUGGGGUUCGGGCGCGAACCCGUGGGGUCCGGAGAAGGACGACCAGUUCAACAAGCCGAACCACUGGGACGGGAUGCUGGAGGUGGUGGGGGUGACCGGCGUCGUGCACCUCGGCCAGAUCCAGUCCGGCCUGCGCGGCGCCAUGCGGAUAGCACAGGGUGGUCACAUCAAAAUAAACCUGAAGAGCGAGAUUCCAGUACAAGUAGAUGGCGAGCCGUGGGUUGCGGCGCCUAGUGAAGUAGUCGUCCUCAAAUCCGCUUUAAAGGCCACAAUGCUGAAGAAAACCAAGCGCGGUGCCUCCGCGGGGCCGGGCCCGUGACGCGCCGCUCACACCGCUCGCGCGUGCUGCAGGCCACCAUGCUGAAGAAGCUGCGCGGCAAGGUGCGGCGGCGCGACACGGAGCCGGCGCUGCCGCCGCCGCCGCCGCCGCCGCCGCCGCCGCCCGACUCCUGAAUCUGGCUCAGCGAGCGCCUCAUCUAGCGGCCGUCCGCCCAGGGCUCAGGGCGGGCGGCCGCAAGGCGUCUCGCUGCUCCAGCCCCGCCCGAGGCCACCUCCUCACGUCUGUAUAUCAUUAUAUAAUUGUAGCUAUAAUUAAUGUAAUCGUAUACAGAUGACGCAAACAAAAGUUUAUAUUAAAUAUAUAUAAAGGGAUGAUACUAUUAUUAAAACAAAAAUAUAUAUAAAUUAUUAAAAAUUCAAAAAUAAAAGUUAUUAUAGAAGUUAGUAAUCAAGGUUUUUUUUAGAACAUUAAUUACUUAUACCUAUAUGUUAUU